GCAGGCGCACUGGCGGCUGCCGGGAGGGCUUCCGCCUCCCUGCUGCCGCCGUCGCCAUGGCCGCGCCGGCCCCCGGCCUCAUCUCGGUCUUCUCGAGCUCGCAAGAGCUGGGCGCGUCGCUGGCACAACUGGUGGCGCAGCAGGCAGCGUGCUGCCUGGCGGGGGCCCGCGCCCGCUUCACUCUCGGCCUGUCAGGCGGCAGCCUCGUCUCGAUGCUGGCUCGCGAGCUGCCCACCGCCGCUGCCCCCGCCGGGCCCGCCAGCCUCGCGCGCUGGACGCUGGGCUUCUGCGACGAGCGCCUCGUGCCCUUCGAGCACGCCGAGAGCACGUACGGCCUCUACCGGACCCACCUGCUCUCCAGGCUGCCGAUCCCCGACAGCCAGGUGAUCACCGUUAACCCUGAGCUGCCCGUGGAGGAGGCAGCUGAGGACUAUGCCAAGAAGCUGAGACAGGCAUUCCAAGGGGACUCCAUCCCGGUUUUCGACCUGCUGAUUCUGGGUGUGGGUCCUGAUGGCCACACCUGCUCACUCUUCCCAGACCACCCCCUCCUGCAGGAGCGGGAGAAGAUUGUGGCCCCCAUCAGCGACUCCCCGAAGCCACCUCCACAGCGUGUGACCCUUACACUUCCCGUGCUGAACGCAGCUCGAACUAUCAUCUUUGUGGCAACUGGAGAAGGCAAGGCAGCUGUUCUGAAGGAUCUCAGUUCCCAGAGCAGGGAUUGAACCCGGGCCACGGCAGUGGAAGCCCAGAAUCCUAACCACCAGGCCACCAGGGAACUCUCGUUGUCCUCUUCUUUUUUUUUAUAGAUAAGAUUUAAAAAAAUAUUUAUUUUAUUUAUUAUCAUUUAUUUUUGGCUGCAUUAGGUCUUCGUUGCUGCGCAUGGGCAUUCUCUAGUUGUGGCGAGCGGGGGCUACUCUUUGUUGGGGUGCGUGGGCUUCUCAUUGUGGUGGCUUCUCUUUUUGCGGGGCAUGGGCUCUAGGCGUGCAGGCUUCAGUAGUUGUGGUGCGCAGGCUCAGUAGUUGUGGCUUGCGGGCUUAGUUACUCUGUGGCAUGUGGGCUCUUCCUGGACCAGGGCUCGAACCCGUGUCUCCCUGCAUUGGCAGACGGAUUCUUAACCACUGCACCACCAGGGAAGCCCUCCCUCCUGUCCUCUUCUAAUAAGGACACCUGUCAUUGGAUAGAGGACCACCCUAAAUCCAGGAUGAGCUCAUCUCAAGAUUCUUAACUCAUUUUGUCUGUAAAGAUGUCUUUUCCAAAUAAGAUCACAUUCUGAGGUUCCAGGGGUUAGGAUGUGGACAUAUUCUUUUUUUAACUGUUUUAAAAUACACAUAAAAUUUACCAUCUUAACCAUUUUUAAGUAUACAGUUCAGUGGUAUUAAAUACAUUUACAGUUUUAAGCAGCCAUUACCAUCAUCCGUCCGCAUAACUCUUUUCAUCUUGUAAAUCUGAAACUCUGUACUUAUUAAACACUAACUCCCCAUUCUCCCCUCUCCCCAGCCCUGGCAACCACCAUACUAUUUUCUGUCUCUAUGAUUUUCAC